AUGACACCAACAACAGGAAGUUCACCGACAUCAAACAUAAAACACAACUACAAAGCAUAUUUCACAUUUGAGCCUGGUUACCAAACCUUCCAACAAGGAUAUCUGGGUGUAUGUCGUUCUUUUAUAGCAGGUGCUUUUCACCUUCGAUUUACGAAUGGCUCACCAUUACCUGUCAAAGAAAUUCGCUUGUCAUUUGUGGGCAUGGAGAGAGUGAAAUGGCGUGAAGAGGCUGGAGCAUUACAAACUACUUAUAAAGCUGAGAAGCAACUGGUUUAUCUUACCUCUUGUAUAUGGAGUUCAAAUAAUAAUAGUGGUAGUAAUAAAGAAUACGAAUCAGUUACUACAUUGGAUUUGCCUUUUCAUUUCGCGUUGCCAGGUGACCUUCCUGCGUCAAUGGAACUGCCAAAAGGACGUGGAAAGAUUUCAUAUACGUUGAAGGUCGUAAUUUCUCGACAACCGAAAAUUCUUCGAUUUCGCGCCAGUAAAAAACAGUACGUUGAAGUGAAUUGCCCAAUUAUUCGAUAUUAUCCGUCACGACUACCAGAUCCAACAAGAUGGGUACAAUGUGACGAUAAGCGCGCAGUGGCGCGCGGUGUCGGAUAUGAUGUCUCAUUAGAACAAACGACAUUUCGACCAGAAGGAAUGAUUAUUAUUCCACUGCGACUAGUUUUCCAUAAAUCACAAGCAUAUCUAAAGAAACUUACCGUGGGAAUAAAAGAGUACAGAGAAUGUCGUGCAGCAGAUGGAAAAUUCAAACAAAAAAAAUACAUCAUGGAAACAAAGUUUACCGGUGAUCAAGUUCCCGAACUACCUGGACAAACGAAUCAACGAUUCACAAUAAUCAAAACUUUUGUUCCGACCAAAGACAAGAUAUUUUAUUCAUUAGAUACUGAUCAUAUUAGCAUUGCUCUUGAUAUUUGCGAAGACGAGAAUGCAUUGCGAACUGAGGAGCUAUUAGCAUUGAGGAGCCCCCGAUUUUUCUUGCAAGAACAACGACAUUCUCAGCAUUCUUUGUUAUCGAUUGCAUCAUAUGAAUCACGGAUAUCGACAGAUCAAAGGUCUAUACGGUCUAGUUCCAGAUAUAACAAUAGCAAUAAUGAUCACCGACAAUCAAUGACUGAUUUGUCGUCGUCAUUGCAUGAUUCAUCAGAUUAUACACAACCUUCACAGGAUUCAUCCUCAUCAAGACAUUAUAUAGAUCAUUCUCGUGGUUCAAUCGAUUCUUCUAGCCAUGCUUUAUUAAAGAAUAAGUCUCCUCCACCGCCGUACUCGCCUUCUGCGCCGGACAUUAAAAUUACUAUAUUAUAA